AUGAAUCAAAUAAGAUCUAUAAAGAAGAUCAGUGAAAAUGAAUUGCAUAAUGGAAUACUUUCCAGUGAUUUGUCCUGGCACAAUGAUUAUAAAGACCAGGCGUACGUAUUCAUCGGUGGAUUAAAUAAGGAUUUGACUGAAGGUGAUAUUUUAACUAUCUUUUCGCAGUAUGGUGUACCUGUUGAUAUAUAUCUUGCUCGAGAUAAGUAUAGUGGAGAAUCCAAAGGUUUUGCAUUUUUAAAGUAUGAGGAUCAGAGGUCAACUGUUCUUGCAAUUGAUAAUUUGAAUGGAUCAAAAAUUGCUGGUCGGAUUAUUCAGGUGGACCAUGCUUUUUACGAGCCAAGGGAUGAUAGUAAAGAAUAUACUGAUGCUGUUAGGAAAGAGUUGGAAAAGGACCGUGUCGAGAACGACAAAGAGCUUCCAAAGGCCGUUAUACGUGAUAGUGUUGAUGUUUUCAGUGAUUAA